AUGAAGCUGAAGCCUGGCAUGUCGGCCCUCGUCACCGGCGGCGGCUCCGGCAUUGGGGAAGCGCUUUGCAUUGCUCUUGCACAGAAGGGUCUAUUUGUGACCAUUGUGGAUUUCUCUGAAGAAAAUGGGGGACCAGUUGCUUCCUUAGUUCAAAAGGAAGGCAACCAGUUCCAUGGAGAUUCUGAAGUUCCAUCUGCUAUAUUCAUCAAGUGCGAUGUUACUGAUGCAGAUGCUCUUGCUGCUGCUUUUGGGAAACAUGUACACAUGUAUGGUGGAUUAGAUGUCUGCAUCAACUGUGCUGGAUUUAUCAGCAAAUCCUUAGUUUAUGAUGAUACAUCCAACGGAAUUAACACAUGGCGGCGUUCUAUAAAUGUUAACCUUGUUGCUGUUGUUGAUGGUACUCGCAUCGCGACCCAAAUAAUGCGAGCACAGAAGAAGCCUGGUGCCAUACUAAAUAUCGGUUCAGUUGCUGGCUUAUAUCCUAUGCACUACGAGCCCAUGUAUAGUGGGACAAAAGGUGGUGUGGUUAUGUUUACAAGAUCACUUGCUCCAUUAAAACGCCAUGGCAUUCGUGUCAAUGUUCUUUGCCCUGAGUUUGUCGAAACUAAUAUGGGAGGACAAGUAAGUCGCGUAUUAAUAGAUGCACUGGGUGGGUUUUUGAAGAUGGAGGAUGUUGUUACUGGUGCAUUUGAGCUUAUAGAAGAUGUGAGCAAGGCUGGUGCUUGCCUUUGGAUAUCUAAAAGAAGAGGGAUGGUAUACUGGCCAACAUCAGAGGAAGAAAAAAGUUAUUUGGUUUAUUCCUCGAAGUCAAAAAAGACAUUAACAAAGAAUGUAUUUCCUAGCAUCCAAACACCUGAAUUCUUCGAGAAGAUAGUUGCUCAUACACUCAGCCAUAAUUUCCGCAAUGCUACAAGAAUUGAUCGUGUGCGACUGAGAUUGCCCAUGAAACCGCAUAGUGCUCUUGUUAAAAUAAUAUAUGCUGGUGUAAAUGCUAGCGAUGUGAACUUCACUUCCGGUCGUUAUUUCAGUGGCAAUGCUAAAGAAGCUUCUGCACACCUUCCAUUUGAUGUUGGUUUUGAGGCUGUGGGAAUUGUUGCUUCUGUUGGAGAUUCAGUGAAACAUAUCAAAGUUGGCACUGCUGUGGCCCUUAUGACCUUUGGGGGCUAUGCUGAAUUUACACUGGUUCCAGCCAAAAAUCUACUUCCGGUGCCAAGACCGGACCCUGAGGUCGUCGCUAUGCUGACAUCAGGAUUAACUGCUUCAAUUUCUCUCGAAAAGUCUGGUCAAAUGACAUCUGGGCAAGUUGUUUUAGUCACAGCAGCUGCUGGUGGAACAGGACAAUUUGCUGUUCAGCUUGCAAAACUAGCGGGUAACAAGGUUGUUGCUACAUGUGGUGGCGCAAGUAAAGCUGCACUUCUGGCUUCAUUAGGAGUUGAUCGAGUCAUCAACUACCAACAUGAAAAGAUCAAAGAUGUUCUGAAAAAGGAGUUUCCGAGAGGUGCAGAUAUAAUAUAUGAAUCUGUAGGUGGCGAUAUGUUUGACCUAUGUUUGAAUGCACUCGCGGUCCAUGGACGCCUCAUUGUGAUUGGCAUGAUCUCCCAGUAUCAAGCAGACGAUGGAUGGACGCCACGGAAUUACAAUGGGUUAUGUGAGAAGAUUCUUGGAAAGAGUCAAACUGUGGCUGGAUUUUUCCUGAUUCAGUAUGCUGACCUGUGGCAAAAACAUCUUGACAAGCUUUUUGACCUGUAUGCUUCUAGGAAGUUAAAGGUUUCCCUUGACCCCAAGAAAUUCAUCGGUGUUGCUUCUGUGGCGGAUGCGGUAGAAUAUCUCCAUUCUGGCAAAAGUGUUGGCAAGGUCGUUGUCUGCAUCGAUCCGGCAUACAGUCAGACACUUGCUAAGCUGUAGUCUGUACACAUCCAGAUCUCAGAGUAUGAUACAGGCAGGAUAUGUAGAGCGUAUUGUGAUAAAAUUCGUAGGUUAAAGGUACAGACAGCCUUGGGUUCUUCCAUUAUGUUUCUUGUCUAUUUGGGUUAGCCAAACAAAUAACUACACUAGUAGUAAUUUGUUUCCUUGGCGCUGCAAGGCCUAGGUUUACAGCAGUAUAAGCAAGAAAAGAGUAUAUGAAAGAGCAAAGCAUUGACAUGGAAAUCAACAAGCUUUUAAUCUGGGAG